AGCGGAAGUGUGGUUUUCGUUUCCGACUGACCUAUUUAGCUGUUUUCAUUAGCAUCAGUAAAUAAACUCUSAAACAAUGGAGUGGUCAGAUGUGAACGUAGGAUUUCAGGAUUUGUGAUGGACACGUCUAKAUUUCUCACCACAGUUUAGGCGGUACAAAGCUGAAGACAGUUCCUCUUUUUAAAGUGCAUUAAAAUAAAUUAGCUGUUCUGUUGUUUGCCUCUUGUAGGAGGUUGCGACAUGARAUUGUCGGAAGUUGCGUUUUGAACUUAUUGUCUGUUUUUUUCCUGUCUACGUAGCUCGAUAAUUGAUUAUCAAUUUUUUACUUAAUACRUUUAGCUUUCACUUUUGCAGAAACCUUUGGAUGUUCAGUGUGACAGGAAGUGACUCCACAGCUUCAUGUCUGCGGAGGCUUCAGUUGGCAGUCAUGCUGCCGACUCCGCUGUUCCCCAGCCUGCCUGCCACAACACGGACACACACAGAGGUGCGGGUCUGUUGGGGAGCAAGUACGUCAAGUUAAACGUGGGAGGCUCCUUGCAUUAUACAACCGUCCAGACCUUAAGCAAAGAAGACAGUCUGCUGCGGAACAUCUGCACAGGAGGGACAGAUGUCACCAUAGACUCUGAAGGUUGGGUGGUUUUGGAUAGGUGCGGCCGACACUUUGAAGUGGUUUUGAACUUUCUGCGAGAUGGUUUGGUGCCRCUUCCAGAGGACUACAGAGAACUAGAUGAAGUCUUAAAAGAGGCUCAGUACUAUCGAGUACAGGGACUUGUGCAGCACUGCCUCAGUGCCAUGCAGAAACAAAAGGAUGUCUUUGAAAGUGUUUGCCGCAUCCCUAUGAUCACUUCAGUCAAAGAAGAGCAGAGGAUGAUCGCUACGUGUAGAGAGCCUGUAGUAAAGCUGCAGAACAACAGAGGAAACAACAAAUACUCCUAUACAAGCAACUCCGACGACAACCUGCUGAAGAACAUCGAGCUGUUUGACAAACUCGUGCUUCGAUUCAACGGCCGCGUCCUGUUCGUCAAAGACGUGCUCGGGGAUGAGAUCUGCUGUUGGUCUUUCUACGGCGAAGGCCGAAAAAUUGCAGAAGUGUGCUGCACUUCCAUCGUCUAUGCCACGGAAAAGAAGCAGACAAAGGUCGAGUUUCCCGAGGCACGGAUAUUUGAAGAAACACUCAACAUCCUGAUCUAUGAGAAUAACCGAAGGUCGGGUCCAGGAGGAUUGCAUCUCUUAGAUUCAUCUCUGGGGGGCGGUCACUCCGAGGAGGAGGGCGCCACGGGAGGGGACAGGCGAGUGAGACGGAUCCACGUAAGGAGGCACAUCAUGCAUGAUGAGCGAGGACACGGUCAGCAAACUGUGUAUAAGGACUAACUCUGUGAAAAUAAUCAUACGGCAUGGGAGAGUGAUUUAUUUUGCUUUGUUGUUGUUGUUGUUUUGAAUGCUUGCAGAAUGAAAGAGACGUCCUCGUUUAGAGCAAUAUAGCUCGGUCUUUUUCUGAAAAUGUCUUUAAGCACACUUUGCCGAAAUCGGAGGGUUGACUGAUUUUUGUGACUCAAGUUAGAGAAAAUGUUUACAGGAAAAACAAUUUGUACACAUGUGAAUAGGAAAUAACUGACUGGAAACUGUCAAAAUCUUAUUUCAGACGUUCAAAAGCGUUUCAUAUGACUGAAUGAAUCUUAAUUUAUCUUUAAUCUUGAGAUCACCUUCUGUUACUGCGGGUACGACUUGUGUGGCAGCUUCCUCUCCAGCUGUAGGAAAUACUGUCAGUUUAUUCAGGCUGUCAAACAUUUGAUGUUUCUGUUAAAAACAACAAUCCUGCUGAACAGUGACUGACUGAGGUCGGUGAGGCUGAGCCCUGACAUGUUGACACUGAAAAUAGACCCAAAAAAAGCCAUUUUUACUUAGAGGUGUCCACGAUAGAGCAGCUCAGUUUUCUUUGUUUAAAUUAUUACACUUGUUGCUUCAAGUUGUUGUUGUUUUUUAAUAAUUUAUGAAUCUAAUUUAUUGUUUGGUAUUUAACUUUUGUAUCAGAUGUUUGGGUUACGUAAUGCUUAAGUGACUUAGUUCUGCAACUCUACAGCACAGAUCAGAUUUUAAUUUAUACCUAAUAAUAAAUCUUAAACCUACACAUCAGUUCAAUGUUUCAAGAUUAACUGUGACCAUUUUCUUUGUGAGUUAUUCUGAGCCAUGAUCUUUCACUUUUGCUUUGUCUUGUACCAAAUUUAUUGGCCAUACAGUCAUUAGAAAGGUAGGAUAGACUUAAUUUAUUUGUUUUUACCUCAGGGAGAGGAUAAAUUGCAUUUUUUUUUCAGUAUUCACUGGCAAAAUGUUAACCUAAGCACUCUGAAUAGCUGGAAGGGGGGAAAUAAGCCAUUGAAUGGGAGGAAAAUGUUAGUCAAACCCAUACUUGAUCCCUAAAGAUGCACUAAUACAAAUUCCAUUCUGUUGUUUUGGAAAUGUUUUAAAUUAACUGCUUAUAAAAUAAAAUGCUUACAAAACCA